AUGGCCACAGCUCAGCCUGAUAUCCAAUAUAAGCCCGACUUUGAAAAAUUCAAACAAUGCGGCCGCCUCCGGCAGGCAAAUGAAAACCUGCCAACCACACUGCCAGGUGGCUUUCCUGCGAAGCUGUCCUCGCCUCUCGUCUGGCAUGGCAAGGAUAUCGAGAAGCAGACGGACUGGAUUUAUCAGUUGAGUGAUGCUCAGCUGGACGAAAUCGAUGCCGCUUUGAAGUCAUUCAAAGGCCUCAAUCUACCCCUAGGACACAUCAACCAGACCACGUUCCCCCUUCCUCAUCUCCACGCGGAGCUCCGAAACCUCUCCAAAGAACUGCACGUUGGGCGAGGCUUCUUCGUCAUUCGCGGACUCCGAGUCGAUAGCUACACGCGCGAAGAAAACGUCAUUAUCUAUGCUGGAGUGUCUGCGCAUGUUGCCGACGUGCGUGGUCGCCAGCAGGAUCCUCAUUUUACGGGUGGCAAGUCGUUGGUGGUUUCACAUAUCAAGGAUCUCUCGCGUACAAAGGACGCAGCAAAAGUGGGAGCGCCGUCUAAUACGGCCGACAAGCAGGUGUUCCAUACAGACGGCGGCGAUGUGAUUUCGCUGCUGUGUCUCAACCCGUCGCCCGAGGGCGGGGAGAGUUAUAUCUCGAGUAGUUGGCACAUUUACAAUAUCCUGGCAAAGGAGCGGCCGGAUUUGAUACAUACGUUGUCUGAGAACUGGCCUUUUGAUGGCUUCGGCAACGCCCAACGCCCAUACUCCCUGCGCCCCCUCCUCUUCCACCAGCCCGCCACCGGCUCUGCCCCGGAGCGCAUCAUGAUCCAAUACGCCCGGCGGUACUUUACCGGCUUCCAAGCGCAGCCCCGGUCGAGCGAUAUCCUUCCCAUCACCGCAAGCCGAGGCGCUGGAUUUCCAAAGGGGGAUGUUCAAUGUAUCAACAACCACAGCAUUUUCCAUGCGGGGAACGGGUUCACAGACGAGCCUGGUAACGAGCGGCACUUAAUCAGAUUAUGGCUCCGCGACUCGGAGUACGCGUGGGAUACGCCUGCCCUGCUGCAUGAGCGCUGGGAACACGUCUACAAGGACGUCAAGGAGGACGAGCAGGUUUUUCCGCUGGAGCCGAAUGUGCACAAGUCGUUGGGGUCAUAGGUUUGGGGGUGGGGGCCCCGGCGCAUGGACGGUAGAGGAAAGGGAUGGGGCUGCUUUUCAAUGAGAAAUUUUACAGAUGUUUGCACUUUAUCAUCAUCAUCUUUCCUUUUGUCCUUGGGAUCCACG